AUGUCAUCAUUGACUCGGGCAGUAACCUCAAGACUCGGCAAUGGAAGACAACGCUUGACGUCAGACAAAGAAGGGCUUCCAUCAACCAGCGAAUUCAAUUAUAUCAUCCCGCCUGAGAUCAUUUGGGAGGAUUAUCAAGCAACCCACAAGGAACCGUUGAAAAUUGAUGUGGAACAGGAACCGGAACCGAAGAAGCUGGGAUUCGUUGACAAAAAGUCGAGUCAAUCGAUUUUCACGCAAAAGAUGAACGCGGUCGUUCGCAAACUCUCGCCAUUCAGCGAUGAUGGAAAAGAUAAGGACUCGUCGUCGUCAUCGCCAAAUAGCGAGGAUAGUGUUUCAACAUCAAAAAAGUCUGGUCCAUUUAGAGACACGAAACAAAAAAUGGAUAAACUUAAGAAAGCAAGACGUUCUAAAGACCGCCAACAGCUUAUUGACUCGAGUGAAGAUGAAAUGUAA